AUGGCCAUCAUACUCGUACGAGCAGCGUCUCCGGGGCUCUCCGACGCCGCCGUGCGGGACAUCGGCGGCAUCAGCCACCAUGGGAGUCUCCAGUGCUCCUCUCUGCCUCUGCUCAAGAAGAAGCUAGCCCGGCGGUGGAUGCUCUGCUCGCUCAGGUACGGGUGCCUUGGCCUCGACCCGUGGGAGGUCGGCCGCGCCUCGUCCCCCGCCGUGUACUCCAUCCUCGCCGUCAACCCGGCGGGAGAGGCCGUCGUCUCGUCCGAGCAGAAGGUCUACGACGUCGUGCUCAAGCAGUCGGCAUUGCUCAAACGCCAGCUGCGCAAGCCGGUCCUCGACGUCAGGCCCCAGGACCUGGAGAUGCCGCGCAACGGGCUCAAGGAAGCCUACGACCGCUGCGGCGAGAUCUGUGAGGAGAACUAUGUUGAUGACAGAGGAGCGGCGCCGCGCCAUAUGGGCCAUCUAUGGAGGACAGAUGAGCUUGUAGAUGGGCCAAACGCCAACUACAUUACGCCGACAGCUUUGGACCGGUGGGAGAAGAGACUUGAGGAUCUGUUCGCGGGACGUCCUUAUGAUAUGCUUGAUGCCGCUCUCUCUGAUACCAUCUCAAAGUUCCCCAUAGACAUUCAGCCAUUCAGGGACAUGAUUGAAGGGAUGAGGAGUGACCUUAGGAAGACAAGGUAUAAAAACUUCGACGAGCUCUACAUGUACUGCUACUAUGUUGCUGGAACUGUCGGGUUAAUGAGCGUACCUGUGAUGGGCAUCGCACCCGAGUCUAAGGCAACAACUGAAAGUGUGUAUAGUGCUGCCUUGGCUCUCGGAAUCGCUAACCAACUCACGAACAUACUCCGGGAUGUUGGAGAGGAUGCUACAAGAGGAAGGAUAUAUUUACCACAAGAUGAGCUCGCACAGGCAGGGCUCUCUGAUGAGGACAUCUUCAAAGGGGUCGUCACAAACCGAUGGAGAAACUUCAUGAAGAGGCAGAUCAAGAGGGCCAGGAUGUUUUUUGAGGAGGCAGAGAGAGGGGUAACUGAGCUCUCACAGGCUAGCAGAUGGCCAGUAUGGGCUUCCCUGUUGCUGUACAGGCAAAUUCUGGAUGAGAUUGAAGCGAACGACUACAACAACUUCACAAAGAGGGCCUAUGUUGGUAAAGGGAAAAAAUUGCUAGCACUUCCUGUAGCAUAUGGGAAAUCGCUACUGCUGCCGUGUUCAUUGAGAAAUACCCAGACCUAG